UACUUGUGCUAGGCUAGCAGCGCUAACACCACUGAGCUAGAUGUCAUUGGCUAACACCAUACACGAACGGCAACGCUAACGUUAGAGCACAUCCACUUUUGCAGCAUUAUCGUGUGGGGGUUAAGUACUUCCGCUGGGUCAUUGUGGCGCUUUUUGAACUUGUGUUUUACUUUUAGAGUUUUUGUCACUAUUUAGGGUCUCGAGCUACUGCAUACACAAAUGGCUAUACUACUUGGAUGAGCAAGCUGUUUAUUGGUGUAAAAAUACCAUCGUGUAAACUUGCGAAAGCCGCACGACAGUGGCCAAGAGGAAGCAGUAAUCAACCAUCUUUCUUCUGCCAGCAAUAACAAGAAAGAGAGGAUCCAAGUGGAGCUGCAGUUUUCAAUUUAUUGUCUCUUUCUUGCUGAGCAUAGAUUGGACUGGACAUUUGGAAUUUCGUAUCACAAGGCCAGAGAAUACAAAGCGUUCACCAUCGACACGCGCGGGGGUUUAGUAUUAGUAGGCUGGCUAUUUGAUUUGUAUUUAUUUUUUUCAUGUUUCCAACAGGUUUACCUUCCCCUAAUCCCCCACCGCCAACCCAAGAGGCUAGACCGGCAGCUUCUGAUGUUAAUAGCGAUAGUAGUCUUACGUCUUCUAAGAAGAGAAAAAUAAAUAGCUCUGAGAAAGAAGACAUCGAUUCAAUAUCUUCGUCCCCAAAAGCCAUUUGCAAUUCUUCUUCGUCCUGUUCUUCCACCUCCCAGCAUAUUCAGAAGAAGUUAAGGUUCGAAGAUCCAGCAGAAAUCAUUGGACUGGAUGUGAAAAUGGCUGAAGAGUCUUCACCGACUGCAUCGUGUUCUAAUAAAACUAAAAAUGUGUUCUUGGCUGGAGGUGUUGGGCACCACGCAAACGGACUGACGAAAUCCACCGGAUCCACCACGUUUUCUAACAGUAAACCGGGAGCCGCAAAAAAACUAGUCAUCAAGAACUUCAAAGAAAAACCCAAAUUACCAGAGAACUACACACAAGAGACCUGGCAAAAGUUGAAGGAGGCUGUCGAGGCCAUUCAGAACAGCACUUCGAUAAAGUACAAUCUGGAGGAGCUGUACCAGGCAGUUGAAAAUCUUUGCUCCCAUAAAAUAUCAUCAAAGCUCUACAAACAACUUAGGUCUGUGUGUGAAGAUCACAUCAAGGCACAGAUCGACCAAUUCAGAGAGGAUGCACUGGACAGUGUUCUUUUCCUGAAGAAGAUUGAUAAAUGUUGGCAGGAUCAUUGUAGACAAAUGAUCAUGAUUAGAAGUAUAUUUUUGUUUUUGGACCGCACUUAUGUUUUACAAAAUUCAAUGCUACCAUCAAUUUGGGACAUGGGCUUGGAGCUUUUCCGGUUCCACAUUAUCAGCGAUAUGAAGGUGCAGAGCAAGACUAUCUCUGGGAUCUUGCUCCUGAUCGAGAGGGAGCGGAGCGGUGAGGCUGUGGACCGCAGUCUGCUCCGGAGCCUCCUCAGCAUGCUCUCUGAUCUGCAGAUUUACCAGGACUCGUUUGAGCAGCGCUUUUUGGAGGAGACGAAUCGCCUAUAUGCCACAGAAGGACAGAGGCUGAUGCAAGAGAGAGAGGUUCCAGAGUACCUUCAUCAUGUCAACAAGCGUUUGGAAGAGGAGGCGGACAGGGUCAUAACUUAUUUGGACCAGAGCACACAAAAACCGCUGAUUGCCUCUGUGGAAAAACAGCUUCUGGGGGAGCAUCUGACGGCAAUCUUACAGAAAGGCUUGAAUCACUUGCUGGACGAGAACCGGAUCCAGGACCUGUCCCUCCUCUACCAGCUCUUCAGUCGUGUACGAGGGGGCGUACAGGCUCUUCUCCAUCACUGGAUUGAGUACAUCAAGGCCUUCGGAAGCACAAUUGUCAUCAACCCUGAGAAGGACAAGACCAUGGUCCAGGAGCUGCUGGACUUUAAGGACAAGGUGGAUUACAUCAUUGAUGUGUGCUUCAUGAAAAAUGAGAAGUUUGUGAAUGCUAUGAAGGAGGCCUUUGAGACCUUCAUCAACAAACGGCCAAACAAGCCCGCUGAGCUAAUAGCAAAGUAUGUCGACUCAAAGCUGAGGGCAGGAAACAAGGAGGCUACUGAUGAGGAGCUAGAGAAAAUGCUGGACAAAAUCAUGAUCAUCUUCAGGUUUAUCUAUGGCAAAGAUGUUUUCGAGGCCUUUUACAAGAAAGACCUGGCCAAGAGGCUACUGGUAGGAAAGAGUGCCUCUGUGGAUGCAGAGAAGUCCAUGCUGUCAAAAUUAAAACAUGAAUGUGGUGCUGCAUUCACCAGCAAACUAGAAGGCAUGUUCAAGGACAUGGAAUUAUCAAAGGAUAUUAUGGUGCAGUUCAAACAGUAUAUGCAGUGUCAGAACAUCCCUGGAAACAUUGAGCUGACAGUGAACAUCCUCACCAUGGGCUACUGGCCUACCUACGUACCCAUGGAAGUCCAUCUGCCCCCAGAGAUGGUGAAGCUGCAGGAGAUCUUCAAAACGUUCUACCUGGGCAAGCACAGUGGCAGGAAGCUACAGUGGCAGUCCACAUUAGGGCACUGUGUGCUGAAGGCUGAGUUCAAGGAGGGCAAGAAGGAGCUGCAAGUGUCGCUGUUUCAGACACUGGUGCUACUUAUGUUCAACGAAGGAGAGGAGUUUUCCUUGGAGGACAUUAAACUUGCAACAGGAAUUGAGGACAGUGAACUCAGGCGGACUCUGCAGUCCCUGGCUUGUGGGAAAGCCCGUGUACUCACCAAAAUCCCCAAGAGCAAAGAUGUGGAAGAUGGUGACAAGUUCUCCUGCAAUGAUGACUUUAAACACAAGCUCUUCAGAAUCAAGAUCAACCAGAUCCAAAUGAAAGAGACGGUGGAGGAACAAGCCAGCACUACUGAGAGGGUCUUCCAAGACCGGCAGUACCAGAUUGACGCAGCCAUCGUCCGCAUCAUGAAAAUGAGGAAGACUCUCAGCCACAACCUUUUGGUGUCAGAGGUCUAUAAUCAACUCAAGUUCCCAGUGAAGCCUGCUGAUUUAAAGAAGAGAAUAGAAUCGCUCAUCGACAGGGACUACAUGGAACGAGACAAGGAGAAUCCUAACCAGUACAACUACGUUGCUUAGGAAGUGAAAAGGGGGAAGGAGAUAAGGAAAGGAGAGAUGGAAAGAAAGGUGGAAGGCAGUCAACUUCUCAGAACACUUGGUCUGAAACCCUUUGCUCCAGUUGAUGUUACCAUUAGCCCCGUUUAACAAAGCAGCCGACAGCUGAAUGGAUAUUGCUCCACAGGCUUUUCUGGUGUGUGUGUGUUUGUUCCUGUGGACUGCAUGCCCAUUUAAAGAGAAUAUUGCUCAUGCUCAGAGUGGGAAUUGGACUUUCUGGGACAGGAAAAGGAAAUUCAUCAUGGUUGGAUAUCCCUUCUUUCCUACGGAGCGGACACGUUUAUUUUUCAAACUCUGUUCUGUGUCCUUACGUUCAUUGCAUUCUGUUCUGAAGUUUUUUUUCCCUCUUUAUCUCCACUGUGUAUCCCAUGCAAGUGUUGUCACCAACAUAUACUGUUAUUCUCUGCUUAAGGAAAAGGAUGACUAAUGAAAUGAGACUCGUGUUUGUUCAGUGUUGUUUUAAAGACUAAUCUAGAAACAUUGACUAUAGACUUUCAUUUGACUGGGUCAUAUUUUGUUUGUGGCAAGUCUGUUGGAACUGCAGCAAAGUUGGUGAAUUCUGAGUUGCACAGCUGUCUGUCUUAGUCUAUGUACAAGCUUCUCAUCAGUGUCAAUCAGGCAAUUGUUUAAUUGUAGGGCACGGAGGAGCCAAUAAAGGAAGGAGACGGCAGUGUGUGCCAAAAGAGAGCACUUGUUUUGUUAUAGGAUUGGUCGCUGCUAUACACUUCCUUUUCUGCUUGUAUGCAUUUAGUUUUCCAUUUUAAAAGUUGCCCUUCAUAUUUUCUUUAUUUUUGUACAUAUUCAUAGAUACAUGCACGCACACACACACACACACAAACACACACACACAAACAAAAAUAAUAAAGUACUAAAUUUGAAAGCUUUACAUGUGCAUCUCAGCUAUACUAAUGCUGGGGGUAUUUAGAAAUGCCGUGAAAAAAGCAGAGCAAAACAAAGCUGUUGCUCCUCACUCUGGUUCCAUGUGUAUUUUUGUGUCUAUCCAUUCCCUCGACUAUCAGUAGCGAGCCUCGUAACACAAUGCAGUACUGGGUUUGCAGAGAGAUCUGAUCAUGGUGUUUUUGAGAUCAUGCUUACAAGGACUGCUGGUCCAUCUAUAACCUACAUAUUCUGUCUUUUUACUCCUGAUGAAAGUCACUCUAUAUGUUUCCUUGUACAUUUUUGUCAAAAAUCCCCUCUAAUAAUUACAGAAUCUGGAGAUGCUCAAUACUGCUUAAUGCUCUCAUCACCCUCUCGGUGAUUUUCUGAUCACAAUUUGUUUUGGUUUUUUAAGUUUCCCCUCCUGUUCUGGUAAACCUCUUGAGCAAUGUUGCAGGCCUCUGCAAAGAAAACAUAUGUGGCACAUAGUCUUGUUCUUUAGUCCAGAAAAGUGCCAAAAUCUUUUGAAGAAAAAAAAAAAAGAAUUCCAUGGGACAGAUCUAUGACCACACCACAUGUCUGAAAUGUCUAGAGGGGAAGAUUCUGCUCCUUAUAUGUACUCAGAAAUAAGAUGAUUUCUUUUGUUUUCACAAAAGUAUGUCCUGUUGGUAAGUUUCAAAAACCAUUUGAGCAUAGGUUUGACCCCCCUUUACCCAGAACACAAAUAAAAGUUUGGUUUGGACUCCCACUCCGGGUCUCUUCAUGCCUCUUUAAAGUCUCUUGCAAACUGGCAUGUUGGAAGUGUUGGAACUCUUGUAUCAAAAGAGAACAUUUGGUAAAAGGUUUCUAUUACAGUCUAUGUAAAUAAGUGUUUCCUCUUUGAAACGUUCAAAGAGAACUCUUGCUGGUUGAUUGAGUGUUUGGGUAUGUUGUGUGUAACAUUAAAUAAAAAACACUUGUUUAACAA